AUGUGCAGGCGAUUCCGUGGAAACGGCCCGACGAGUACAAGCUGGGCCAUUGUGAUUUCUCCCGGGUUGUUCCCAUUUUUCUCUCGACUCGACAUGAGGUACGGCGGAACUCCUCUGCACUGGGUCACUCAACGACCCAUCAUGGAGGCGUUCAUCAAGCUGGGCUGUCUGCUGGACGCCAGGAACUUUCUCGGCGACACUGCCCUGCACCUCAUGAAGGCAAUUUUAUUCGUCAUUUUCCGGCCCCCGUCUUCUGGCCUGAACUUGUGCAACAUUGUUAUCUGCACCUGUCCAGAUGAUUUGCUCGUGCAACACGACCGACUCGCGUGUGCAGUGACGCUGUUGAGCCACGGAUGCGACGUGAACGCGGAAGACCGAGAGGGCAACACGCCGUUGCAUCUGGCCUGUAGCAUGGGCCGCAUGAACCUGGUCAAGGGCCUCUUGGCCAUGGGGGCGUCGCUGCGGAGUCGGAACAAGGAAGGCAUGUGGCCCAGACACAUGGCCGCCACCAUCAAGAACCCAGCUGAUAGGAAUCCCGUGCUGUACUUGUUGCACGCCGUCGGCGCCCCACGAUGCCCAGUGCGAUACCCCUCAUGCACUCCUGGCUGUAGCCCAGACGGCAACGAGCAAGGAGCGCCUCUGUCAAAUUCUGGCAUGUUGCUGGCGCUAGAGGACGCUCUCGGCAUGCCGGUUGCGGACUGUUUCCAUUGGAUCGCGGGAACCUCGACCGGGGCGUAUCUCGCGUUGUUUCUUUUGAACGGCAAAAGUGUCAGAGAAUGCCAGCGUCUGUAUCUGCAGCUCAAAGACCAAGUGCUCCAAGGAAGUCGUCCCUAUUCUUCGGAGAAGCUGGAAGAGUUUUUACGGCUUCAUCUUGGAGACGACUCUGUCAUGACUGACAUAGAAAAAGCGAGGGUUGUGAUCACGACAUCAUUGGUUGAUCGAUUCCCACCGGAACUGCACUUGUUUCGCAAUUACCAGUCUCCACAAGCAACAAUGGCGGAAUAUGUUGAAAAAAAGCGGCAGGAGAAUCCCAACUGGGAUUUCCCAUUCAAAUUUCCUCAAAAGAACUCGCUGUGGACCCCACCACCACCUCAUCAGCAGCUGCAAUGGCAAGCCGCGAGAGCAAGUGGAGCAGCACCCACUUAUUUUAGGGCAUUCAGUCGAUUCCUGGAUGGAGGCCUGAUUGCAAACAACCCAACAAUGGACCUGUUGACGGAAAUUUGGCAGCACAACAUGGUCAUGGGUCUUGUUGGUCGUAAGGAGGAGCAAGUACAAAUUUCAUGCGUUGUGUCUCUUGGCACUGGGAUGAAGCCGAUCACUGCGAUGGAGCAAUGCGCAGAUGCCUUUUUUCCAGACAGUCUCAGCAUAUUCACGGCUACGAAGGCGUAUCAAAGUGCCCAAGCGCUGUUUAAAGUUCUUGUUGAAGAGAUGACGAAUUCUGAUUACCACGUGUGCGACCGAUGUCGUGCGUGGUGUGGUUUGACCGGAACACCGUAUUACCGAUUGACGCCGAGUUUGGACAAAACUUUUCCCCUGGACGAGACCAGAGACGACAUUCUCGUCGAUGCCAUGUGGGAAACGAUGGUGUUCAUGCACAGGAAACGAGCUGAAGUGAAGACCAUUGCUGAGCUGCUCAAAGGUGGACCAGAUAUUGAGACGAGUAAUGCUCCUGAGACAAAUCCUGCAGCAGAUGGUGUGGAGAAACCCUACGCAAGGACUCGACGGAACUCGCAAGAAGAAAUGCUAGCCGCUGUUGUCGCUAUAGUGGAGUCAGACAGGCACCUGGACGAAGACGAAGUUGUUGGCGGCAGUGGGAUGUCUGUCGACGACGUCGAAGCUGCGGCGACGACGUUUCAUGCCGAUGAAACUGCCGAAGACCUGGAAUUGAAAAAGCGGCGUUUAAAUCUUUCGUGUCAUGUAGGUGGUGGAAUGGGUGAUCUGUUUGACUUUUUGCGUGGUUUCGCGCACGGGCACCACAGGAAUCCUCCGUUCAGGAGAGAUUUCGGAUUCAAUUAUGGCGAGCCUCCAUUUCGCAGAGAUCCAGGGACGUUUGACCCACCCGGUUUUGAUGAUGACGAAUUCUCAUUCUUUGGGGAUCGGGGAAGCUUUCCAGAGUUUGGAGGUCCGAUCGACGAAGUUUUUCGGGAAUUCGAAAAACAUAUGGAGGAGAUGCUCGGAGCUUUCUCGGUCCCACCUCCUGGUUUUGGAAGCAUUCGUGUCGAUGAGUGGGCUCCUUCAGGCCCUCGUGAUGAAUACAGAAACUCUUCGGAACCAGGCCAAGUGUUGAGUUUGCGGGACGAAAUGCUGAAGAAGAAUCCAUCGAAGAAAUCUCCAGGAUAUUCCAGCAAUGGUUGUGGUGAUUGCUUGCCGUCUGGAGUUGACACGGAUUUGGAUGAACAAGUUCAAAAGGGUGGCCUUGAAUCGUUAUUGCGUCCGGAAGCACCUGUGGUGGAGCUCCCCGAAGAAAAUAACAGAGGUUGGUUUCGGAAUACGACAAUCACGAGUAAAUCUGUGACGACCAGAAGAAUCGGUGACAAGAUGAUCACCGUGACGGAGACGAGAUUACCGGAUGGGACGAUUGAAACGAAUCGAACCGUGGUGAAUAUGAACGAAGAUGAAGUUCCGACUUUUGAGGAAUCUUGGAGUGGGAACCGGUUGCCAUUCAAUGAAUACGAAGGUGGUAAUAAUUCGGAUACUACCGUUGGUGUUUAUGAGUCUCUGCCCUCGCAAAACGCGCCUUACAAGUUUGGAAAAUUCUUCAGGAACAUCCUGGAUUCCUUCUCUGGUCUUCUCGGUCUUCAUCAAAAAAUUUGGCUUUCGAAGCGUUUGAGUGUGUGGAUGAACUGUUACGCGAAUCGACUCCUGUGUUCACAAAGCCGCAUAUUGUCGGAUUCGAUCGAGUCACGCGUGGUUAAGCGACACUUUUUCGUGUCAGCGGGUAAACCAGAGGCUUCGCUUGUUCUCUCGUUGCAUUUGAGAAAACGGAAUUACCCUCCGUGGACUUCCUUUUUCAUAAGGCAAUCUGACGUGACGAAUGAUCAAUGGGGUUGGACGCACUUCAACUGGACUGUGGAUGGAUUAAAUUACCAUAUCCUCAGAACCGGUUGCUACCCGUACAUAAAGUACCAUUGCACCAAAAGACCACUAGCUGAUCUGAGGCUAGAGGAUUGGUUCUUCGGGGCUAUAAAGUUGAUGAAUCUCGGAAUCCCAUGUCUUGCUUACGGAACGGCGGCUAGAUUUCUGAUUCGUAGCCGUGAAACGGUGCAAACGCCGUCGGGUGUGGAAGUGUCGAUUUAUUUUCUGAUCAAGGAAAAUCACGGAGCCGAAUUCUAG